UGGACGUGGGCUGAGCUCCACUGUUGAGAAUGUGUGUUUGUGUGUGCGUCUCUCUCCUCUACAAACACGAGAUCACAACGUGAUGAGAUGUUCUACUUAACGGGGUUGUGUGUGUUUUUUUAUUCAAACUUUCUUUGAAUAUUUUGUCCAAUAUAUUCGUACUGUUUCGAUGCCGUAUUCCGACUCAUUCCGCCCACGGGGACGCACAAUUGACUGGCCGAGGAAAAACGACUUGGUUUCUGAAGAGUGUCCGCUUCCCCUCCACUCGAUGAAGCGCUGCGAUGCCCUCUGAUUUUGUCUCCCUCCUCAGCUCGGACCUCGACCUCAAUUCCCCCAAAUCUCUCUACUCUAAAGAGUCUGUAUAUGACCUCCUCCCCAAAGAGCUCCAGCUCCAGCAGUCAUCCACCCAGACCGACCCAACCACCAUGAGCCAGAAGAGCGGAGGAGAGGCGGGGCCUCCUCCGUCUGCAGCCUUGGCUUCAGAUGCCACGUCUUCCACCUCCAACCCAACUGCCUCCAUGGGAGCCCCAAGCUCUGUAGGCACGUCCUCCUCCAACCAUCUCAAGGCCCCCCAGCAUCUCCACUCGGCUGGAGGGGAUGGAGCUGUCGCUUCGGAAGUGCAAGUCAUGGAGGCAGGAGCUGCGUCUGCUCCCAACAGGGCGAACAGCGGUGCAGGUGCUGCAGCAGGAGAUCCUGGGUCAGGGGUCUUGUCAGGGCUUGGAGUUCAGCAGCCUCAAAACACCCCAUCGAAGCGGAGGCCGGUUUUGAGCAUAUCCCCGCCACCUGAGGAUCUGUUUGAUGACAGUCAGAUGUCCUGCUUAGAGGAGCCCCCCGUAGCCAGCGCGCUGGGUCCAGACUCCGAGCAUAGCAGUAGCAUGUGGGCUGAUGACUCCGUUUCCAACUUCAGCUUGGUCAGCGCCUUCUCUUACAACGACAACACGGAGGUGCCGCGCAAAUCCAGAAAACGAACCCCUCGCCAGCGGCCGGGCCCCAAGCCUGCUCACCCAGAGGACAGUAUGGAUGUGUUUGACGCUGACAGUGCCAAGGCGCCUCACUUUGUCCUGUCACAGCUUGGGCCGGACAAAACUAGCCCCAUGACCAGCUCUCUUGAGUCUGGGACUGCAGUGAAGGGUGGCUCGCUAUCUACUCAGUUCCCUCAGAAAAGCAACGGGAAGGAGCUAAAGAUGUUGGUGCAGCCUGAGACACAGCACAGAGCCCGAUAUCUGACUGAAGGCAGCCGAGGUUCUGUCAAAGACCGCACACAACAGGGAUUCCCCACCAUCAAGUUGGAGGGUGUGAGUGAGCCAGUAGUGCUGCAAGUUUUUGUAGCGAAUGACGCAGGCAGAGUGAAGCCUCACGGGUUCUACCAGGCAUGCAGAGUGACUGGUCGCAACACCACUGCAUGUACGGAAGUGGACAUCGAGGGCACCACUGUUAUCGAGAUCCAACUGGAACCCAGCAGUGACAUGACACUUGCGGUGGACUGCGUAGGGAUUUUGAAACUUCGCAACGCAGACGUAGAGGCACGUAUUGGAGUGGCGGGAUCCAAAAAGAAAAGCACCCGGGCUCGACUGGCCUUUCGAGUCAACAUCACCCAGACAGACGGAUCCAUCCUCACCCUACAAGUCACCUCAUCACCCAUUCUCUGUACCCAGCCAGCGGGAGUACCAGAGAUUUUGAAGAAGAGUCUCCACAGCUGCUCAGUAAGAGGAGGAGAGGAAGUUUUCAUAAUCGGAAAAAACUUCCUCAAAGGAACCAAAGUUGUAUUUCAGGAGAAUAUUGCAGAUGAUAAUUCCUGGCAAGCUGAGGCGAAUAUUGACAUGGACCUUUUUCAUCAGAAUCAUUUGAUUGUGACAGUUCCUCCCUUCCACAACCAAUCAAUAACUUCCCCAGUUUCUGUGGGAAUUUUUGUGAUGACCAAUGCUGGUAAAUCACACGAAGCCCAGCCUUUCACCUAUUCUCCAGACUCAGCCGAUAAUGCCGAUGUUAAAGCAGUAAAAACUGAGAAACCUUCCUUCAAGACAUGUACAUUUGACAGUCAGAUCCAAUCUGUGUCUUCUGACCAAACUGACUGCUCUGGUCAACCUGUGAAAAGGGAAGAGGACACACCAAUGGAAGUGUCAAGCAAUCCACACCCCACAAAUGUGUUCAAGCCAUCCCCUGCCCCAAUUGUUUCAGUGCAGCAGACACUUGAGCUCAGCUCCAGCCCUCAUUCAGGUGGGGAGUCCUUUCAGAGCUCAAUGCCCCUACAACCGGAGGAUGUGGAACUUCCCCAGGCACGCUCUGUCUUUCCUAGCCUCGAGUCUCUUAACUCAAUUCAAAAGCAAGACAUUGCCCCAGCGGCGUCCUUUCCAAUGCCAGGAGAUCCAACAAUCCCCCCGGUAACCCCAGAAGUCCCCCAGCAGUUCCUUAGAGACCCACAGGAAAGCCUGCCGCCUGAAAGUUCUAACAACGGUGCAGUCAUGGUUGUAGCCAUGUCCCAAAUAGCAGCACCCUCUCCACCCCAGCCAGAGCAGUCACAGGUUCCCUUAUUUGCCCAAGAAGGCGUAGCCCAGUUGGAGAGGGCAGUAAGGGAGCUCCAGGCUGGAGCUAAUCCCACACUCCAGCAGGUUAUAGAGGCAGCUGUAGCCCGGCAGCAGCAGCAGCAGCUAAAUUCUGUGCUUUACAGCCCCACGACCUCCGCAGACACUCUUCAACAGCAUGUCCAGGAGAACAUGAACAGCCUUAGGUUGGGAGCCGCAGAUAAUUCGCUGUCGCCACAGCAACAGCUGCAGAUUCAGCAACAGCAAAUGCAACAGCAGCAGCAGCAGCAACAGCAACAGCAGCAGCAGCAGCAGCAAAUACAACAUUUUCAACAACAGCAAAUACUAAGUAACCUUCAACAGCAACAUCACCAUCUCCAGCAGCAACAACAGCAAGUCCUUGGAAACAUGCAGAUUCAACAACAACUUCUUCUACAGCCACAAGACCAACAGCAACUACAGCAGCAACAAAUUCUGGAGAACAUCCAACAACAGCAGUUGCAACAGAAUCAGCAACAAGUCAUAAACAACAUCCAGCUUCAGGAUCAACAACAAAAUCAAAUUCUAAGCAAUUUGCAACAGCAUCAGCUACAACAACAACAAAGCCAAACAUUGAGCAACCUGCAGCAGCAACAGUUGCAGGAACAGCAAGUUUUAGAGAACCUGCAGCAGCAACUACAGGCCGAGUUGCUCCAGCCACAAAUCCAUUCCAAUCCCCAAGUACAGCAGCCGGUCGCCCUCCUUCAACAACCUGGUGAGAUGCUGACCAUCCAAACCAGUUUCCCAACACAGCCCCCAUCUAAUACAUCCCCCCCACAGCAGCUUUUCCAGUCCCCCAGGCCUAUUGCAGAGACCCAGGGUACCCAACAGCAGGUUCAAGCGGCCCUGCUCCAGAAUGCCCUGACAGUCUUGACGAGCGGCAGCCUCAACACGGAGCAACAGUCCACCGGGUCGGCCCUAUAUCUUUCACCGAACUCUCAGUCCCAACAGCAGCAGCAGUUGGCAUUCAUCUCCACCAUGGAGACAUCCACCAGCCAGCCCCAGCCUGUUCCCAUGUUUCAUAACCAGCCUCCAGCUCAGCUUUCGCAAAUGCAGCAGCAAAGCACCCCCAUGGAACAACAGCAAUCACCGCAGCAAAAUCAACAACAGUCACCACAACUCUCCAUUGGCCAACAAGGCUCUUUGUUCCAAAGCAUUCCCAACCAUUCGCAACCUAACCCUCUCCCCCAGAAUCAGCUCUCCCAGCCACAGCAGACAGGUCUGCUCCUCUGCACUGCAGAACUAAAUCCCCAGACUAUCCUUUUCAGCACGCAGACCCAAGGAUCAGCCCCGAUGGGCAGUAUCUCAGUUGGACUUUCCCAACCAGAAACAGCCGAGCCAAUGUCCUUCCAGGAUCAGAGCUCCUUGGGUAACAACUCGACAUCCACUCAGAACCAACAGUGCAGCAUUUUCCAGGAGCAGCAGCCCAUGCAAGUGGGCACAAGCUCUUCUAGCGUCUCUAACAGUCGAUCGGUGGAGCUCUUCCUGCCCCAGGCCUCCCUGUCCAGCCUACAGAGUACUCUUAGUUCGCAGGAGCUAAACAACCAGACUGCAGCCCCCGGUACAACCAUCUUUGUGGUCCAGGGCUCUGUAGGCGUGGUGGACAGCCCUGGCCAACAGCCCCCGGAACAGCUUUUCCAGACAACUGUGGGUGAAAAUGUGGCCCAAGGUGGACCAGCCAACUUGUUUGUGUUUGGCAUCCAGAAUGACACUCCCCAGCUGCUCAAUUCAGCCGGCUCAACCCUGACCAAUCCAGUUCAGAACCAGGCCCAGAACACAGGCCACAUGCAGCCACUGAUGGAGCAGCCCAUGGCCCAGGCGUCAUCCACCAUGCACAGUAGCCUACAGAGCAGUCUCCAGGCACAGAUGCAGUCCAGCUUAGAGAGUGCCAUGCAGAACGCCAUGCAGACCAACACCCAGGUGACCCUGCAACCUGUUUUACAGCCCAACAUUGACACAAGCCUGCCAACUCCCAUGCAGACCAAUCUCCAGAUACAGAGCAGCUUACAGAAUACACUGCAGGCUUCCGACAUGGGCAAAAUUGAGGACCUACUGGAAAGUCUACAGAAGCAGUGACGUGUUUGUAUGUGUGCACCACGUGGAGAGAAGGUAGCCAUGUACUCCUAAAGUCAAUGAGACUUUCCGGCGCAUGGUGUUUUGUGCCAAUGCCACAAAACUUAAAAAUAAGUAUAUUUAAGAAACAAAUGCCCCGCCCCUUUUACCUUAAAAAAAAACAACUAUGAGCUUAUGUAACUCACUUUUAUUAACUAUUUAUCAUAAAUUAUAGCCUUUGUAUAUCCAUUGUCCUUGAAUUGAUUAUCUGCCUUUUGUUAUUACCCCUCUUGCAGGAUCAGAGAGGCCUGUAAUAACUGCUUUAGUCGUAAAAACAAAUGCAGUUUUUUUUUCUCAUGAGUGUUUUAAUAUUGUGGGCCUAGGAGACAGGGGGAAAACCAGCCUUUUUUGGAUGGAAAACUGGAUGGAAGAAUGUCACAACUGGGGAAUUCCAUGAGCAGUGAAUAGGCAAAAGUUGCUAUAACAGUUAUACAUCGAUUAAAACAUCUGAUUGUAGACAAACAUUGCGCUGAAUCAAAUUUUUGGGAGUGUGGAAUCUGAAAAAAUCUUGCUCGGAGAGGUGAUGCUUGCAGUGCAUCUUUUUUUUUUUUAAUCACUCAAAUUUGCUCUAAGAGUAAAUGCUCUUAUGUACAAUUGAAGGGAAGGCACUUUCAAAAAAUAUAAUGUCCACAAACUAUUACAGUGAAUCCACAACUAUUGCAACAGGUAAAUUCCAGACCUACCCAAGAAAAUCUACAGUCUUACAAAGACUAUAUAGAGUGGAACCUCGUUUUGAUGGAACCAUAACCAAGGAUGUCUUUAUUUAACAGAAAAUUUGCAGAAAUAGUCGUGUCCGGCUGGAGCUCAAAACGUCCGCCCAUUGCAGCGAGCAUGGUCCACGUGUUCUGAAUCGGCAGCUUUUCUUUGCAGACGCAAUUAACAGACAGAGCGUGGUACUCUAGUUCUGCUACCAAGUGCACUGUGAUUGCCUCCGGUUUGGCCAUGGCGGCGGAACUGCUUAGCGUGCAGUGGGAUCGGGAGUCCAAGGCCACACACGCUCUACAGCCCUAUGUUCACUGGAGCUUUCAUCUUGUGCAUACGUAGCUCAAACACUCUCCCUCUACUGGUUUUGGUUCUGUCAGUGCACAGUUGUCAACUUUUCAACCCAUUCACAAAGACAUACAAACAAAAAGGAAGUGUUCUAACCCUAGUAACUGGUGAUAAAUUGAGUCAGCCAUUUCCGUGGUUACAGUAAUACAAUAUGUGUUUAAAUCUUCAAACAACUGUAUACUGUUAAAAAAAAAAAAAAAUAUGUAUUGCUUCAAAAAAUGCAAUAUAGUGGGGUCUCAAACGAAUUGCGAUAAAGUGCGGGUUCACUGUAAUAAUCAAAAGUGUUAUGAAGCACAUUUGUUUUGUUGACUCAAGUUUAACACUCCCGAAUGAGAUUGAACCCGGUUGAAUACUGUGACUUAUCUCGGUGUUUCCAAACAACUAUGAAGUUUGUGUUAUAUCUUUUUUUUUGUUGGUCCAACUCAAUGUGGAUAGAAACUUUACACUUUGAGUCUUGUGUGGUUUUAGACACAUUUUAUCUCAAGCACUUUAUAACCUCCUCUGUGCAUCCAGCUAACCCUUACAUCCAUCCAAGCAUCCAUCCAUAUGCGGAAACAUAAACACGCACCAAGGCAUCAAAAUGGUGGUGAAAAAAGCAGUCUUUGCAGGUUAAAAACAUAGCCGAGCAUCUUCCCAAUAGUUUGUACUUAGAGGCCAACUUAGUAUUGAAAGAUUCAAAAUGUGAAUACCAAGUUGUACUGUAUGAAAGGGGACAUUUGUUUGUUUUAAAUUCCAGGAUGAAGUUUCAAAUAUUUUUUUUAAUUCCAGGAUUAAGUUUAAAUUAUAUGAGAAUAAAAUCUUAAUUUUAAGAUUAAAAAGGCUAAAUGUUUGAACAAGUCCAAAUAUUACAACAAUUAAGUCGUAAAGUUGCAAGGACUAAAACUUUUUUCCCCUAUAAAUUGUGAUUCUGUUUUAAUAUCUAUUUUUUUUCAAGGUCCUUUUCCACUUUUUUUUCUUUUUAACAAACAAGCAAUGAAUUCAUCUUUCUUACAAAAACAAUGUGAGAGCUAUUAUACAUCAUAGCAGGGGUUCCGAACAAUUCCAUCGCGAUCGACCGAUAGCCCGCGGACUGGACCCAAGUCGAUCACAGAGGAUAUAGGUAGAAAUGGGGGAAGGACAUCAAACAAAUGAAGGCGUGGAUUACAAUAAUGCAAACAAAUCUGUGGCUUUACCACUUCAACAUUUCCAACUUCUCAUGUUUCAUGAAAAAUGAUACGGCAAUAUGUGGGCUGCACAUCCUAUACACCGAAUUUAACGAUCUACAUAAGUAAAUAAUAAUAUGCCCAUAUAAAAAAUAAAUAAAUGACGUACUUGCCAUCAUCCGAUUUCAAAACCGGCUAAAGAACCAGGAGGCAUUACAAGCGGUGGCAGAUGCAUCGACGGAAGCCUCAAUUAAUUGAGGAGAAACAUCAUUUCAUAUGGUGCCACGAAGGGCGCAUAGCUUGAAUAAUUGAUUCCUCUGCUGCGUUUUUACGUUAUUUUCUGUCUCUACAGUGAACUAUAGUCUGUGGCGUACGGUUGUAGCGAUAGGUCUUGAAGCCCUACAUGCACAUUUCAUCGGUAAGAAUGUGAUUAUAAAUGUUCUCGUACAAGGUAUAUCUCCGAGUGUUUCCGAAAGAUUGGCCUGCAUCAUAUUGUCAGAACCAUCAACAAUAAAGUGAAAGCUCAUCGGGACAAAAUGUGCUGCAAAAUUCUAACCUAACCUGUAAGUCACGAAUCACGAUACUGACAUUAUAUGUUCUUGAUGGUGGAUGCAAACAGUGAAAUUGAUUAUUUGAGAGCAAAAUUAUUGCACUGAUAACUUAAAAAAAAAGUAGAAUUUGUAAGGCAACGUACGGUGGCUGCACUCUGGCUUCAGCCGCAAGUGUCCAUUUGUUAGUCCGUUCAUAUCUAAGUCUGUGGCUCCAAUAUAUGUCAGCCACCAGAAUGAAACAAAAUAUAUAGCACACAGGGUGAUUUUUUUUGUUUUGUUUGUUUUUUUAACUUCGCAAGACAAAAAAAAAGAUAAACGCGUUAGAUUGACCUUGAGGUCUCAUAAGAAAACGUGCUGAAAAUGACGUACACCUACGGCAGCAGGUUUGAAGUGCUAACGUUUCUGCCUAUUUUGAACUCCUUAUAUCUUCCGCUCCCAAAAGCAAGUCUAAUCGUGAUUAUAUUGCAAAUGCAAUUUUUUUUUGUUACUACUGGUUUCUCAGCUUUAUCCUCAGAAAAUGUUUAUACAAGACAAGUGUUAGUUAACCUUCAAAAUGUACCGGGAAAAUAUCCAAUUUAUUAUGAACAGUCUUGACUCCUUUUAAAAAUCCUACGCUUUCUCAAAACGUAUUUAAAGAAAAAUCCCCAGGAAAAAAGUGAACUUUAUUCCGGUAACAUUACAACUUUUUUUUUCCUCUCACAAACACUUUUUUUCUUCUCUAAAUAAUCCCUCAGAAAAAAAUCCAAUUAACACUAUGUAAUUAUUGUGAAAUGUUAAAAUCUCCUAAUUUUACUUAAUCUCAGUUCAAUUUAAUUCUGCAAAUAUGACUCGUUAAAGUUACUUUCUUGCAGUAUUAUCUGUAUUCUUCAAAAAUAAGAUUCAAAAUAUUUCCAGGGUAAAAAAAAUCAACUUUGUUGUAACAGAAUUGUAUUCACCAUGCAUCUAUUUUCUGAAACAUUCUCAUCAAAUGGCAGCAGUGUUGUUUCCCCUCACCCACAACUUUAUUCAGUAACGUGACUUUUUUUUCACCCUAAUUUAUUUCCGUGCGGCCCGAAUACUGCUCGUCGGUUCAGUGUGGCCUGUACAUUGGCCAUUCUCUCUGGCCAUGUUUUUUUGUUUGUUUGUUUGUUUUGUUUUUUUAUCUGUAUUUUCCAGUCCUGUGUCAGAUGUUGUGUUCUUCCCAAGACUUGGUUGUAAUGAAGAUUUAUCAUAUUGCUCUAUAUGUUCAUAUUGUUUGACCUCGUGUCUGUUGAAGUUUUAAAGAGGAGGCAGGCAGCAUGUGACUUUGGCACCUUCCCGACUUUUGUGAACGGUAACUAUGAUGAUGGAGGCGUCCAUUUUGGUUUUGCUGUGCCAUGUUGGUGCACUCUACUAAUCAAUUUAAUUUCAUGUAUUGUCAUCUGGUUGUUGCUUUGAAGUAGUGGUCAAACCAAAGCCCCUGACGACAAAAUUCCCCGCCCCCCACACACCCCACACCCUCGUAAUGUUUACUCAAUUCUACUAGCAGCUCAAGUGUGUACAGUCCAGAGAAAGACAUGUAAAAGGUACUUUAAAGAACAUUUAUGCCAAUUUGAUCCCUUAAACAAGCAUCGUAAAAUCACACCGCUAUACGUACUUACAGUAAGCAUAUCUACAAAAACAAAAAAAUGGUGUCUCACUUCUUUGUUUACAUUUUUCAUCUUCAUUCUAGUCCGGUCGCUGUUCGUGAUCCAUUUUAAAGUAAAUUAUCUUUUUUAGACUUUUGUAUCCAUGUAUCAAAGUGUAGAGUAUUUUUGUAACUGAAAAAGAGGUGUUGUUGGAUUCUCACAGUGCAGAAUAGUAUCAGUGGUGGUAUGUUGUCCAAAAGAUAGCGCAGGUGUGUUGUGCUCCAAGUAAGUCCAGAUUGACCCGUUUUCUUUUCUUUUUCCUCAUCUUGUAUACAGAGGAUCCUCCAUUUACGACUGAGUUAUAUUCAUACUCUAGAUACGUAACCUGGAUUUGUAUGUAAUAUGUAGUCGAUCGCAAAGCUUCAGCAAUAGUCAUAAUUACAGUUCAUAUUUGUAUUAAAACACUUUUGAGACAUAAAACAAAAAAAACUGUUGAAAUUCCAUUUAUUGUAUGAUUGUUUCUCAGACCACAACAACAACCUUGUAUGGCUACAUUGUUAUACGUCCGAAAAAAUGACACCUUCUGAAAUGGAGUGUGUCACAACAGUCAAUGAAAAUUAUUCAAAUCCGGAAAUUCAGAUUUUACGACCAAUUGUUAUCUUAAUUUGAGUCACCGCAGAUUCAUUUUAAACGAAGAAGAAACAAAAAUGCAUUUCUAAGAAGUCUUUGAAUCAAAGUUGUUCACUGCUUCCAACACGAUUAGGGAACAGACAUUUUGUGUGCAAGUCCAUACUCUACUGUUCUUGGUCUCGGUUUUUCUGAAAUAAAUUUCCCUCAUAAAUGUGACUUUAGUCCAGUAUGGCUUUUUUUUUUCCUUCCUCUUCACGCUGAAUUUUUGGGGCUGGUGCAGCUUAUACUCCGUAGCAACUUCCGAAAAAUACAGUACUUAAAUCUCAUACUCUUAUGACUUGUGUUUCAGAACAUUUCCAAUUUGUUUUCACCAUUGGAACAUAAUGAAACACGACCCAAAUGUUUUGCUUGUUACUUUAUGCCAUGGGUGUCAAACUCCAGGCUCCAGGGCCAGAUCUGGGCCGCCACAUCAUUUGGUGUGGCCUGCGAAAGCAAUUCAAACAUGUUGACUUCUAUGAUGCUAACUAAAAUUUUUACCCCAAUUUCAAAUUCUCGUAUGUAAUAUAUGAGAGCUAUUGUAAGUUUUCUUGUUACCAAAACCCCCAUUAGAGUAACUUAAAAUAUAGUUGAAGAAACCAUUAUUCUUGACUUCUUUCGAUGGUUUCACAGUCGUAAGUAAAGUCCGAAUUACAGUCAAUAUUUUUGUGAGAAAGACUCGAAGGUCAUUAAUAUAAAUCAAUUAACCUUGAAACAAUAACCGAGGACUCUAAAUAUUGGAGAGAAAUUAUUCAUGCAAGUGUACAGCUUUAAGUUGUGUAUUUUGAGAGAAAGGGAAUAGUUUGUUUUAAGUACAGAAUGCUUUUUGCGGUGACAAAGACUGCAAUUGGCAAAAAUGUCUCAGUAAAUGACACUCCCUUAUCAUUUUCAUGAAGAAUACAAAUUCUGGGGGGGGGGGUAAAUUACGAGGAGGGAGGGCUUGUUCAGGUAAAAAAAAAAAAAAGACAAGUAGGUUAUCGGGUCCCAUUGGUCGUCUCCCCCCCCCCCCCCCCCAAAAAAACUAAAAUAGGUCAGAUUAUUAUAAACAAACCAGGAAUAUGUGGGGAUCCACUGUAUACAUAGUAUGUCUUUUUUUUCCUCCCCAAAUAUUCAAUUUCACUUUCAAAAUUGUAUUACACCAUUGAUGUAACCCCGUAAUUUGUCACAGAUCACUAAAGUCAGGAUUACGGUCAACAAAUGCAUGAAAAUCACUCCUUGUCCUUAGCAUAGCAUAGCAUAGAACAAAUGAAAACCAGUAAGUUCGGUGGGAACUAAGCGUUUCUUCGUGUGCCGCGCGAUGGCAUUUUCUUGCAUGGCAUUCCAUUCCUAACCUGGAAACGCGGUACACAGUAAACCUUGGAUCCCAUCUAUAAUAACCCACUGGCACAUGCGCUACGUGGUCUGGUGGCAAUGGUUAAACAUCUCAAAAGUGGCAUUUUUAAAUUUUCUUUUUUAAACAUCCAGUAAACUGUAGGCCAGGUUGGCGCACACUUGUCAGUUUUCAAGCAUUCCAUUCCUCUUGAUUAUAGGGGGAACCAAAGAGCACAUUUGAGAAGAGUCUGCUUCUUAAAGCCACGCUAGAAGAGGAGAGGGAGUGGGUGGGCUUCAGUUUCAUGAAUGUAAUUGUUUUACCUCAUGUUAUGUGCACAUCAGACCAAUUUGCAGAGAACAUUUGCGGCAAACGUGUACAUUUGUCCCUUUUUUGUUUUGUUUUUUUUAAUGCAUCAUGAAGUAGAGAACACUCGUCUGAAGUUGGGGGGGCGGGAGUGAAAGCACACAAAUCUUUUACCUUUUUACACACUUUUGUCCUUCACUGGUGUGUGAAUGAAUAUCCGUGUAUAUUUAAAUGUGAAUUAUACUGCAGGGGUAUGUUGAAUUUCAAUGGUGGCGCUUUCAACAGAACUUUGUGUGCCUUGGAAAAAAGUUUUCUCUGCUGUCGACUCUCUUGGCUGUCCUUUCCACCCCUUAUCUCCUGCAUUUUUUUUCCCCUCAAAACUACAGCCCAUACUGGUUGUUUGUAUUUUUGAACAACCGUUGCAUGAUAUCAUUCUAUUUUGGGGUGCCUCGUGAGAUUUGUUUUUUUUAAAAGGGACGACAUAAUGGCGAUUUGUUUCCUUGCAAGGGUGUUUUUGUGCUGCCGUGCUUCUCUGCAUUUACUCGACUGUUGCUGUGAAAGGCAAAAAAAAAAAGUUACUGUUCAUUGCCAAUAACGUGAGCCGUAUGUUGUACUGUUGUAGUCAAAAGGAGCUUACCCUCAGUUUGCUUUGUCACUCUUGUUUUGUGUGUGCGUGCGCGUGUGUGUAGUAUAUAUUUAGUCUUACAGCCCUGCAUUUAGGGAUAAUGGUCAAGCCCCCUCAGUGUGUUAUCAUUCAUUUGAAUUAUCAUUAUGUACUUUGCCUUGGUCUGGACAUUUGUAUACUCUCUUCAGUUUGUAUCUAAUCCUGCUGCUACAUUAAAUUAAUAAAAGUGAAAAAAUAA